AUGGACAAUGACGCAAGGCGUAACCACGUCGAACAAGAACAGGGCAACUCUCCCAUAGUUGAAGCGACUUCAGGUCAACCACAGACCGCUAAUGAACCACAACCCGUGGCUGAUCACAGACGGCGGAGCAGUGCCGAACAACAAAGUACACUACAUACCAAGAGUCACCCCAACAACUCUACCUUGAACACAAGGACACACAACGCUGUUCAACGCCCCAGGCUGGCUCCCUUAACAAACGCUUUCGAUCAGGACCUGAGAAGACUACCUCCCCCCCGAGGCCGUGGCCCGGACACGGGAGAGUUGCCUCCAGCUGUCGGGAUAACAGCGGCAAAUAUGGCAAACAACUCGUGGUCGUUUCCUAAGGCAAAGAACAUUCUCUCGCUUCUCCCGAAUCUGACCUGGUACUCGGUUGUCAAGUCAAAUUCGUUGGCAACCAUUCGAAUGAUUUUCGGAGACACACCAUCGCAGUGCCACCUGGAGAUCGACGUCUAUGCUCAAAAGAUCCCAUACAUUGCCAGAGAGCUGUUCGGAUUGACGUUUGACGUGGAGAAUGGGAGGCUAACUAUGAGAGCUACUGAGAGCUGUGCAAAUAUGACAUUCGAGAAGGUCACGCUUACUGGGGCAGACCUCAAUGGCAGUGAAAAGAUUUUCGGCGAGGUCUUCCGAAUCCUCAAGGAUGACCCCUUAUAUGAAGAUGAGAUUGAGAAUGGAAUGCCUGUGACCAGCCUCGUCUCUUUGGACAUCAGAGCUAGAUCAAACUCCUUCGUAAACUUGAAUCCACUUGCUGUAUCGAUGUUUGUGAUCUGUUUCUUGUCACAAAGGUCCUGGUCACGAGGGACCACAUGA